AAGAGCUAGUAUAUCAAACGUAAGGCAAACAAAAAAUUUGACGUAUCAAUUAAAGUUUUAGUAAUUACAAUUGUCCCGAGCAAACAAUUAGUACGUGUCUUUUGCCUUCGCUCGGAGGACUGUCGUGGCAGACUGACUUGGCAGAAAUCGAGUUAAUCUAGACAGUUUGAUUUUUGUAGACCAUGUAGGUAAUAUUUGUUUUGUAAAUAAAAAAAAGAAGUCGGCGCUAAAACGGUUUUACCAUGGAAAAAAAUGUUAUUGUUAAGUUUUUAAUCGCGUUAGCCGUUUUGAAGAACGUGACUCGGUGUAACGGUAGACUGUCUGCGGCCGAAGUAAAUCAUGUCAACUACAUGAGUAGACUAGAACAUUGGCAAGACAUGUGGUUUCAUAAGGUCAAAACUUUCGGUCCUUACUGGACAUGGAAACGCAGAUUGUCUACAUCCAACGUCCAAUUCGGGCCAAUAGACAAGUUGAAAACCAUACCCUUCAUGAUGGGAUGCGGUUACGGACAGAAAUUAAACGAUUUCCUCAGAUUAAUGGCCCACACGAUCGACGAGUGUAACAGCAUUUCACCGAAGUUUGUCGCCGACGAUUGUUGGAGUAAGCUGAGAAGAAGUGUUGCAACAGGUGCGUCCGUUAUGUCACUCUUGGUAGGCGUGUUCAGGCUACUCCAUGCUUUUGACAAAAAGGUCGUUGCUAGUCCGUUUUUCGAGCCUAUGGAGAGGAUUCGACUAUUUCUCAAAAUAGACGGGCAUAACUGGCCAAUCAUGUUCUAUGCGCAUUCCUUGGAGAUCAUUUUGAUCACUGACUGUAAACCUGAACACAGCGUGGUCAAUACAGAGAAAUUAGCGGCUGAAUAUAGAAAUUUAAAUACCAUAAUUAACCUUUACGAUUAUUAUGUAAGUACACUGGAUUCUUACACCGGAUAUAUAAGCGAGCACUUGCGCCGCCUUGGUUUUCAAUACGACGAGGACACAGAAGAAACUUUUUAUACAACUCCUGUUCUAAAUGAAUAAUACUACCAAAAUUCAGUAAUAAGAAAACGCAGACUAGAUAACGUUUUACAUGUGUUUUUCAUACAAAAAUGGUAAACUCGUUAUAAAAAUACAUAAAAUAUGCCACGUUUGUUAUACCUCAUUAGUAUAACUCGCGUUACAUUACAUUUUUUUUUUCAAUA